UGGCUGCAUACGUCAAAGUAAAGUGUCAUUUUUCCUGACUUAACCUAAAAACUGUUUGUUCGAAAAACGCAAAAAAUACACAACACCAUGGUUAUCUGCAAAUUCUUUUUACAAGGAACGUGCAAAUUCGGCGACAAUUGCAAAUUCGAGCACCAAAUGAACGACCACAACUAUGGCACCAGCUCGGUCCUCCUCCGGCAAAACUACCCCAGCAAGCCCCCACCCGCCUCCAACAUCGACACCACCACCCUAGUCAAAGCCGUGGUCAACGACAUGACCAGCGCCGAAAAAGGGGGCCAGUGGCUGCUCUCCUCGUACGCCCCCUUCAAGGAAAAACCCGCCUUCCCGGGCUUCGAGGACCACAGCAUGGAGGAAGUGCGCCACCUCUUCUACGAAUCAGUGAAAACCGGAGGCAUUGACCAGUACAAACAAAACCUGCAGAUGAUGCUCCAACAAGCCAUGAUGAAGAUCAAGGCGCUGCAAAACCCGUCACCGGAGGCCGUGGCCAUCCUUAAGGGCAUCUACGACACAGCCCCAAGCUCCUCGAACCAGAAUCAGAGUCCGUUUGGGGCUUCAGUUUUCGGACAAACGCAACCACAGAGUCAGAACGUGUUCGCGAACACCACGAACAAUAAGGGGAUUUUCGGGGGCGCGGCGCCGCAACAGAGCGUGUUCGCCAACACGAACCCGAUUUUCGGAGGAGGGCAGGCCUCCGGUGGCUCCAUAUUUGCCAGUCAGAACCAAAGUAAGUCGAUUUUUGGGGGGGCGCAGGCUUCUAGCGCGUCGGUGUUCGGGGGGGCGCAGCCCAGCGGGAGCUCGGUUUUCGGAGGGGCGCCGGUGUUUAGCGGGGGUGCACAGCAGCAACAGCAGCAGCAGUCGAUAUUCGGAAAGCAGCAGCCACAACAACCACUUCAAGGCAGCCCCUUUGGACAGCAGUUGCCUUUCGCCCCACAACAACAACAACAACAAAAUGUUUUUCAGCAACAAAGUAUCAACCCGCAAGCGUCCACCCCUGCGGCGGUGAGUCCAUUUGGGGCCCCUCCCAAUGCCACUUUUAGUAACACGCAGGGUCCGUUUGGGGCUCCACAGAGUGGCUUUGGGGUUCCGCAAGCCGCAACGCAAGUGGUGGCCCCCACGCCACAAAAUAAACCCUCCUAUCAGCACACGCAGAAUAUUUUUGGAAAUUUGGGGCUUCAAGCUAAUACCACAAACGUGUUUGGGAACACCGUUCAAGCUAAAUCAAACGAGAAUUUCUACUCAAAAUUGGAAGAUUUGACCGAAGACGAAAUAAAGUGGUUUCAGACUGAUGAUCUCGAUAUAUUGAAGAUUCCUGAGAAGCCACCAACGUAUGAAAUGUGUUUCAAGGUGUAAUGACUCACGUAAGACAACUAUUAUUUUUUUUAAUUUUUAUUUACAAAUAAAGAUUGUCCAUGUUAUGCCAAA